AUGCUCCUCGCGGUGGCUCUGGCUCUAACAGCCACUUUGGUCAAAGGGGAAGAAGAAAUAAUGAAGAAUCUGACGACUGUCACUUGGGCACAUGCAGUAAAUAACAAGACCUACUUGGAGGCGGCUUUAGCAAGCGACGUAUCUAUGCUGGAAGCUGAUAUCGUGAUAGGCCAGAUCGUGGGUAAAGAGGGCCCACCCAUACCUAUCAUGGCGCACCCCCCGGCCACCACUUCGGACCUAUCCCUGGCGGAUUUUCUGUCUACCGUGGCGCAGCACAAUAACGGCAAAGCCCAACAGAAGGGCGUCAAACUCGACUUCAAGAGCAUAGACGCGUUCGAGAAGUCGCAGGAGCAGAUUGCGCAGUUCAGUAAGCCCGAGGUAACCUUUCCUCUGUGGCUCAACGCGGACAUACUGCCGGGCCCGGUGAACGCGACCACCACGCCCGUGGAGCCGCUCCGGUUCCUCGGGCUGGGGGCGAAGCACCCGCGGGCGGUGCUCUCCCUCGGCUGGACGACCAACUACGGCGGCGCCAUCGCCGAGGGCGAGUACAGUCGCGACCAGAUCGGCACCAUGCUGCGGCUCGUGAACGAACACGUCAAUCAGACGGUCACUUUCCCGGUGCGCGCCGGCCUGGCUUCCAACAGCCAGCCGGUGCUCCUAGACCUGCUCCGGGAGACCGCCUCGCUGAACUCCUCGAUGACGGUCUGGUCGAGCGAGGGCGACGCCGUGGAGGUGGACCGCCUCCGCGCCCUAAUCCUCACCGUGGGCCUGGAGCGCACCUACCUGGACGUGCCCCAAGAGCUCGCCGCCAAGUUGCACCUACCUCCUCCGGCCAACGUCAAACAC